GGAUAACUAAAUACCUGUAGUACAGUGCGGACGCAGCCAUUUGAUAGGCAUAGUAGGCAUACUUCUUCUUACACUAUGCCCUGCCGUCACUGUCCUCAACGUACGCAGCGAUACAACGGGAAUCCUUUCACUCUUGCAGCGUUGCUCUCCUUUUAACAGUUCCUGCACGUUACAGCAACCCUUUGAGCUGUCGUCUUGAGCGCUUGAACGAUCAAAAGUAAGAUUAUCAGCGGUAUUUCCAUAACCGGCGACAUUCACAUCGACUCCUGAAUGUACGAUGAGCCGAUACCGUUCAGCGACAAGUCAUUGUCCCAGCAUCGCAGGAAACAAAACAAGCUGUAAAUUUCCACACAUCAGCUUCAUAUCAGUAUUCUUCAAGUUUGCUAUAUCUCUUGUGUGAACGAUGGCCGCUUUCAGCCUAUUCUUCCGGGUCAUAGACAGGUUUGUUGACGGCGACGUUGCCAUAGUUCAAGGUCAAAAACAUAAAUACACCAUUCCAGCAUGUUUCAAAGAUUUGUACUGGCCCCGGUAUGACGCGCAAACCCAUGGUAAGUACGAAACCUAUCGAGAUGUCGAGCAUCUCGUGGCUCAAGCACGAUGCGCUAUGGAACACGAAGAUAUUCGCCCGUUUUUCAGAAUCUACUGUCUUUUUGCCGAACUCAACAAGCAGAAUGGUCAGAACACAAGUUUUGCCCUCUGUGGAAUAAGUGCAGAUGGAAAACAUCUGGAUUACGAAUCCAACCUCACAUCAUCCAAACGUCUAGUAAGAUCGGACAAAAAAGCCAUGAUGUAUAUGAAAACCUACGCUUGGUUUAUGGAAGGAAUUGUGCCGAUUCCAAUUGGUAGGUUCAAACUGGGAGCUUCAAGUUUAGCGGAAAUCAUCCCUUUCAUGGGAGCUUUAGGGGUCUUCAUCGUCAGCUUUUUAAUGUAUUCGCGCACCUGUCAAAGUAUAACUGCACCGUCUUGGCUGUGGAAAGAGAUGUUGGGGCCGCUUCAAUGGGCAAUUCUCUUCGCUUUUUUCAUACCUGAAGUAGGUGACAUCGCCGCGUCAAGCAUAAGCCCUAGCCGGAGAGCAGCAAGGAAAGUCAAACACUGGCUCAAGUUACGCAGUCUACUUUCCCGAGAUCAACAAUAUGAGGACGGCAGUUGGCAGUCCCGAGGAUUAGCCAGAGUUUUCCCAGAUCCGAAUACAGGCGGCGAUCCUUACGAGUGGCGGUACACCGAUCAUUUUCGCAAGCAACUGUAUGGUGAAGGUUUAGUACACUUGCGCAAAGAAAAUGAAGUAUAAAUGUACUGUACGGUGUUCAUGUUAUCGCUCAUCGUCAUGUGUGGUUGUACAGAAUAAUAAUGCAAUG